AUGUCUGUUGUUAGCGAAUUGGUUGCACUCGUUACUGGCGGUGCAUCUGGAUUAGGUCGAGCUACUGCUCAACGCUUAGUUAGAAAUGGUGCUCGAGUAAUCAUUGCAGAUUUACCCAAUAGUAAAGGGGAUGCUACUGCGAAAGAAAUUGGCGAUCGCUGUGCCUUUGCCCCAACCGAUGUGACCAAGGAACAAGACGUACUCAAUGCUAUCGAACUUGCUAAAGAAAAAUUUGGUCGUGUUCGUGCUGUUGUUAACUGUGCUGGUAUUGCUAUAGCUACUAGGACUCUUACAAAGAGAGGCCCUCAUCCUUAUGAUGACUUUGCCAAAGUCUUAUUGGUCAAUACUGCCGGAUCUUUUAAUGUUAUCCGACUAUGUGCCCAAGAAAUGAUUCAGGGUGAUGUCUCACCUGGUGCUAGUGCAAGCAAUCCUGACGAACGUGGAGUUAUUAUCAACACUGCAAGUGUUGCUGCUUAUGAUGGACAAAUCGGUCAAGCCGCAUAUUCGGCUUCAAAAGGAGCUAUAGUUGGGAUGACUCUGCCUAUUGCUAGGGAUUUAUCUCGUAACGGAAUUCGUAUUUGUACUAUUGCACCCGGUCUUUUCCUUACGCCAAUGUUGAUGGGAUUACCUGAGAAAGUCCGAGAACAAUUGGGCAAAUCGGUCCCAUAUCCUUCACGCCUUGGAGAUCCUGAUGAAUACGCUCAGUUAGCUCAGUCUAUUAUUGAAAAUCCUAUGCUUAAUGGGGAAGUCAUCCGAUUGGAUGGUGCUUUACGCAUGCAGCCAUAA